AUGUGGGUAUACGUGAGCAACCACAGCACGUGGGUCUACGUGAACGACCACAGCACGUGUGGCUACGUGAGCGACCACAGCACGUGGUUCUUCGUGCGCAACCACAGCACGUGGGGUUACGAGAGCGACCAUAGCACGUGGGACUACGUGCCCGACCAGCGCAGGUGGGGCUACAUGAGCGACCAUAGCACGUUGGACUACGUGCCCGACCACCGCAGGUGGGGCUACGUGAGCGACCACAGCACGUGGGGCUACGUGCACGACCACAGCAUGUGGGUUUACGUGAGCGACCACAGCACGUGGGGCUACUUGAGUGUCCACAGCGCGUGGGGCUACGUGCGCGACCACAGCACGUUGGGCUACGUAAGCGAUCACAGCACGUGGGGCUACGUGAGCGAUUACAGCACGUGGGACUACGUGCGCGACCACAGCACAGGCGGCUACGUGAGCGACCACAUAACGUGGUGCUACAUGCGCGACCACAGCACGUGGGGAUACGUGAGCGACCACAGCAUGUUGGGCUAUGUGAGCGACCACAACACGUGGGACUACGUGCUCGACCACAGCACGUGGGGCUAUGUGAGCAACCACAGCACGUGGGGCGGUGUGCGCGCCCACAGCACGUGGGGCUACGUGCAAGACCACAGCACGUCGGGCUACCACGUGGGGCUACGUGAGCGAUCACAGCACGUGGGGCUACGUGAGCGACCACAGCACGUGGAGCUACGUGCACUUCCACAGCAUUUGGGGCUACGUGAGCGACCACAGCACGUGGACUACGGGAGUGACCACAGCACGUGGGGCUACGUGAGCGACCACAACACGUGGGGCUACAAGCGCGACCACAGCGCGUGGGGCUACGUGAGCAUUCACAGCACGUGGGGCGACGGGUGCUUCCACAGCACGUGGGGCUACAUGGGUGACCACAGCACGUGGGGCUACGUGAGCGACCACAGCAGGUGGGGCUACGUGAGCAAACACAGCACGUUUGGCUACGUGCGCUUCCACAGCACGUGGGGCUACGUGAGCGACCACAGCACUUGGGGCUACUUGAGCGACCACAGCACAUGGACUACGGGAGUGACCACAGCACGUGGGGCUACGUGA